CGUCCCUACUGCACGACUUCUCGGCUCCCGCGCUUGCAAGAAGUCCUCUAGCUCCGCGGAGCCAACCCAGCGAUCCUAACAUGGCCACCAGUCCCCUCCGCUCCUCCUCUCUGGGCGCGUCCGGCCUCGGCGCAUCUUGGGUAUUGUAGUUCUAGCGAAAGCCUUGGCGUCCUUUGAGGACGCCAGAAGACUACAAUUCCCAGAAUGCAUCGCACCCUAGCAUGGCUAUUGGGGCUGCUCGGACAGAGGGAUGAUGUCAUUGCAAAAACCCCACUGCAUUCAUUGUGCUACGAUCUACCCACCCCCUGCUGCCGCUGGGCUUGCUAUUGCCGCUCGCUCCAGCUGAGCUCAGAGUAGCAGCAGCACCAGGGCAGGGACUGACUCCAGCCCUUGGACUUAGGACAUCGCCGCACCUUCCUUUGCGUGCGUGACUCCUUCGCACAUCAUUUCUGUUUAUGCCUGGGGUGGGGAGAAAAAUCCCAAACCAGCUGUGUAAAUGAGUAUGGAAGAUUAUGAUUUCCUGUUCAAAAUUGUUUUAAUUGGCAACGCUGGUGUGGGGAAGACGUGCCUAGUCCGACGAUUCACUCAGGGUCUUUUCCCCCCGGGUCAAGGAGCCACAAUUGGAGUGGAUUUUAUGAUAAAGACAGUGGAGAUUAAUGGUGAAAAAGUCAAGCUCCAGAUCUGGGACACUGCAGGUCAAGAGAGAUUUCGGUCCAUUACCCAGAGCUAUUACCGAAGCGCCAAUGCCCUGAUCCUUACCUAUGACAUUACCUGUGAGGAAUCCUUCCGUUGCCUUCCUGAGUGGCUGCGGGAGAUAGAACAAUAUGCUAGCAACAAGGUCAUCACUGUGUUAGUAGGCAACAAGAUUGACCUGGCUGAAAGGAGAGAGGUCUCCCAGCAGAGAGCUGAAGAAUUCUCAGAAGCUCAGGACAUGUAUUAUCUAGAGACCUCAGCCAAAGAAUCUGAUAAUGUGGAGAAACUCUUCCUUGACUUAGCAUGCCGACUCAUCAGUGAGGCCAGACAGAACACACUGGUGAACAAUGUAUCCUCACCUUUACCUGGAGAGGGGAAAAGCAUCAGCUAUUUGACUUGUUGUAAUUUCAACUAAAGGCUGAAGUGAGGAAAAGCAAAAGGAAUCAGCAGCUGCCCUGAUAGGCCACAAGUUGCUGGAGAGAUCUGGCGAUGACUGUGGCUCCGGCUCUCGGACCUUCUGACUCCUGUGGGCUCCUGAGCUUACAAAGCGUGGCAGGCUAAGGGCCUUGUCCACAGGCCAGCAUUAGCAGAACACAUAAUGGUUUUACCCUUUUGCAGUCUGGAGUUGGAGCAAGGAGAAAAUUGCACUAGGCACUCCAUGAUCUGCAGAGCAUGUUGCUUUUGUUUUUUUAAUAAGCAAGUAAAAGCGCAUUCCUGACACAGCCCAGGGGGAAAUGUACUGUAGGGAUCCCUCCUGCACGUUAGUGGGUGCAUGUGGGGCUGUUGUUCAAGGGCUUCAGUGGUAAUCUUCUAGUGGCCCUGGUGUUCUUGUCUACCAGAUAAACCAAAACUGGGAAGGCAAGUACUGUCUCUAUGGUGCAUAUUGAUGACCCCAUGGAGAUUUUGAAAAGUGUUACUUCUUUUGUCCACAGGCACUUUCAAAAACUUUGGGAUGUAAAACUGAAAUGAAACCUUUACCCGUGACCAACAGUAACAAUCAUUGUUUUAAUAAUAUGUAUAAGCUCCAUGACUCCUUUUGGUGCUAAUGAUUCCACUAUUUCACAGACCAAACAUUUUAGUAUAACAAAUGUCCUUAAAUGUAUUACCUAGAAAUAAAAAAAUAAGGAAGUCCAUGAAUCAGAACUCUUUUUCAAAGUCUCAUUACUACCUUUUCUAGGAUAGAUUUGUUGGAAAAGACAAUACUUUUUCUUUCAUGUUCCCCUUUAAAUCUCUUCUUUAAAUUUUCUUCUAUUCUCUCAUCUUUCCUGACCUUUAAGUAAACAAAAGUUUGAAAAAUGAAAAAAAUACAAAUGGUUGGCAUUCUAAAAUAAAAGAUUAGUUCUAAGGAGUAGUAUGGCAAAACAGACCAGAUAUGACCAAAUACUGUGGAUUAAUGGACUGCAAAGCAGGGUUCCAAGCAGAGCACAGUCCUUGAUAACAGGUCACAUCUUUUACUUCCUGGUACUAGCCUUCUUGGGUAAACCAAGUCUUAGGAUUUUAUAGGUAUUUUUAGUAUGAUAAGUGAGAAUAGCAGCAGAUGAAAAGUCUCACAAAUAAUUUUUGUAUCUUCAAUAACCUUAGAAAAAUUCUGCUUGUAGAAGCAGGUUGAGCUGUCAUUUAUCAUCUCUUUAUAAUGUUACUCUCAGACUCAUGACCAUACAUGGUUUCCUGCUUCUUUCUCUUUUCCUCUCUUUCCUGGUCUCUCCUUUUGGUCCUUCUUUUCUUUUUCCCUGCCCUCCUGCUUCCCUCCCAUCUUGAUUCGCAUGCAUUACUGCAAAUCUCCAAUUCAAAUGGAGGUAUAUAUGCCUUUUCUUAGCCAAUUUUAAAACAGGAUCAAAGUGGAAGAUAUUUUGUUGAAUAUGUGUUCCUGUUUCUUCAGUGCCAUACUUUGAAUUCUUCCAAUUUGUUCACUGAUAUAAAUCCAAAUUGGGAAAACAAUUAAACCUGUAUGCCGUUGAUGCUGUCAGAUGUUUCUGUAGCCUGCUGCUUAGCAUAAGUGGGGGGUGAGUAGUAGAGUUUGGAUGUGAUAUGUAAUUCUGCUGUUGCUGUAGAUGGUGACAGUAUUGGACCUGACACAUUGGUAUCUGAAAGCUAUUUAAUUGUAAAGUAAUGAGUUAUACAGUUCACAGUACUGAUAAAACAUUUCUAACUUUUCUCUAGCAGAUUUCAGAAUGACCAACCUCUUACACAGGGGAUUAUAUAUAUUGUUUAGGGACUGAUACAUCUAAUUGGCCUCACUGUGUUUUUCCUGGUUGUAUGGGAAAGAGGAAAGAGAUCCCAGAAGUUUGAAUUAUCUCUUUUAGAAUCUCUAUAGGAAAGAAAAAUCAUC